UGCUAGGCCCAGUUCUCCAGUUCUGACAGUAGUUCUCCAGCAGGUCCAGGUGCUGCUGUAGUCCCUGUGCAUCUGUCUGUAUCUAUCUAUCUUUGUAUCUAUAGAUAGAUCAUCAGCGCAGUGAAUGACAGAGAGCUGUUGCAGGCACAGACGGUGAGUCAGCUCUCCAGGUUUGAGACUCAGCCAGAGUGUAACUGUACACCUCCAUUAAUUAAUAAUCUCAUGAUCUCACAGCACCACACAGAGUUUGUCUGAAUGAAGAGAGCACUUUCAUCUGCUUCCAAACUUUCUCAUCAUUCGGAUCUAAUGCACACAGUUGAAGGAUACAUCUGACCACUGUUGGCCUGCAGAUGGAGACUCAGAUGGAGUACUUUAUCUAACGUAUCUCUCAGGGCCCAGAGCUGUAGAGUUCCUUCAGAAUGGAGAUGUUCAUCAUCGUUUUUGUCUUUUAAUUUUUUGAUUCAAGACUUUCGGCUGCUUGACAAUCAAUUCUGCACGUGACUACCAAACAAGACUUGAAGUUGACCGCGUUUCUCACAUCCCUUCUGUCUGAACAUUCAGCUAACACGCACCUUCAGGUGGACCAUCAUCUCCAGCGAACAUGACUAAAAUGUUAUCUGCACAGGAGGCUGCUAAGAUCUAUCACACAAAUUACGUAAGAAACGCAAGGGCCGUUGGCGUUCUCUGGACCAUCUUCACCAUCUGCUUCGCCAUCAUCUGUGUGGUGGUCUUCAUUCAGCCGUAUUGGAUUGGAGACAGUGUCGACACCCCUCAGUCAGGAUACUUUGGGCUUUUUCACUACUGCAUCGGGAACCCCAUCACAGGAGAGCUGGUGUGUAAGGGCAGUGCCCUCGACUUUGGAUCCAUCCCUUCAGGUGCAUUCAAAACCGCCAUGUUCUUCGUUGGGAUCUCUCUGCUGCUGAUCGUGGGGACUAUCGUUUGCUUUAGUUUGUUCUUCUUCUGCAACUCCGGCAGCGUGUACAAGAUCUGCGCAUGGAUGCAGCUGGCAGCUGCAACUUGCAUGGUCGUAGGUUGUAUGAUCUAUCCAGACGGCUGGGACUCGGAGGAGGUGAAGAGGAUGUGCGGUCAGCGGACGGAUAAAUACACGCUGGGAAACUGCACGGUGCGCUGGGCGUAUAUCCUGGCCAUUAUCAGCAUCAUGGACUCCCUCAUAUUAUCCUUCCUAGCCUUUGUACUGGGCAACCGGCAAGAUAAACUGCUGCCAGAAGACUUCCAAGUGGGGGAGAACAAAGAGGAAGCAUGAAGACUUCUGCUUAUCAUCAAGCUCAAUGGACCCUGUGGGUUUAUGCAGAUACAGACCACUUUCUGCCCAUCUCCGAAAUAUGAAGGACAAUAAUCCUUUUAAUUUUACAUUUGUGUCUGUAGAAGUUAAAUACCACCUUUGAGGUUAUAUAAAUAUAUAAACUGUAUAAAAAUGUUUUAUAUUUUGAGACUAAGGCCAAAUUGAGGCAUUUUGUUAAGCGUGUGUUUUAAAAAAUGACUUUUGAGUUUAGUAAACUAGAAAAAACAGCUGAUUUCUAAUUAUAUGUCAUCACCCUGUGGUGGGGACUUUCUUUCAUAGCAGUGACUCAAAUAUUGAGAAUCUGUUCACCUAAAAGAUUCAGAUUCAUACGCAUGUGAAUGCUGGAGAACAGAAACACAAACAGUUUAGCAUAAUAUGAUUAAUUUACAACAAAACAAAAUAAUGGCUUCAUAUCCAAAAUCACUUUUUUUUGUCUUGCAUUACAUAGAGAAAUUGGACAAACUCAGUGCAGAUUCAUUUUUUUUUUUUUUUUUUUUUUUUUUUGCAAAUUGGAAUGUGUGAAAAGGAUUGUGGGUGAUUGGUGAACGCAAAGGAUACACUUGAUGAAUGAAGGAUGUCAAACGAAGUGUUACAUUAUUCACAUGAUGUCUGAAAAUAAAACAUGAAGGAAAAUUGACAGAUAAGCUUUAUUUGUAGGGCAACCUUAUGAUUUGAAAUGAUUCAUUUCAGUCAUUUUGAAUG